GUAACUACGUUUAUUACUCAUAUAGUCCAUGGUUAUCUCAGAAAAAAAAGAUUUUUUUUAUUCUCCAGGAAAUGCAUUAAGCUUCUGUAAUAACAAGCUAACAUCCUAUUCAGAUUUACAGAUGCUGCUCACUGUGUGCCUAAUCAAGCCAAGAAUCUGGACUCACUCUCUGGCUCAAAUACUCCACAAACUCCGACUGAGUGGCCUGGCACUGGUGGGCCUGCAUGCAGUGACCCUGGAGAAAAGCAAUGCUACCUCACUACUGUCUGCAGAAAGUGACCGCUCAGACUUGGAGGCCCACGUGGAGUACUUGUGCUCUGGCUCCUCACUGGCUCUCUGCCUCCAGGGGGAAAACGCUGUGGGGAGGCUGCUGAAUGUGCUCGGCCAAGAUGACCCAUCCCUGUGGACCAGUUAUGGCAUGGCUCGUUCAUACAAUGGUAUCUAUGCAUCAGGAUCAUAUCAGCGAGCAAUUCAGGAUGUGAAAAGGCUUUUCCCAGAGGGCCUCUGUUGUGCUGAGACCAGCACAAUGAGACAGGAACAGAUACUCAGCAUGCGCUCAGACUCUUUAGCCUCUUUGGAGCGUGAGCAGAGCUUCAUGCUGGCCCCUGUGGCCCCGGAAAGUUGGUCACCUUCAAUGGAAUCGGGACCAAACGAAGUGAUACACAGUGCUGACUGGCAGACAACCUGUCUGCUGAUACCAGUAAAUGCUCCACCUCUCAGCCAAGUACCUUCCCAGCUGGACAUGUUAGAGCAGCUGCUGAGGUCAGGCUGCCAUCUGGUGGCAUGUAGGAUGAGCGUACUGGAUAAUGAGCAGAGGAAACAUAUCGCUGAGACACUCAAAGUGUCACCAAGAGGAGAUGAAAAGAUGGCUCAUCUUAACACGGCACCCUGUGUCAUCGUGGCUCUCCAAGGCAAAGGGAUUAUGACCAGCUUUAACAUGAUCCUUGAAAGCAUUUACAAGGAGAGGUCAGACCUUGAAAAAGUGGGGAAAACAAUUAUCUACCCAGAAAGUCAGAAAGAGGCCAAGCAGCUGAUAUGCUACCUAUUUGAUGCCUUGUCUCCUGAGAGCUAUCCAACCAUUGUGCCAUAAAGUUCAAAUGUGUUCACAAGCAUGCCAAAGUUAAUGCUACAUCAGUUAGCAUUUCCCUACACCUGUUCUGAAAAGAAAAAAAAACUCUAAUUGUUCAGGAAAUACUUUUUCUAGAUAGUAUAAAUAUUUUUAUAUGACUGAUGUAAUAAAUGUUUUUUUCCUUAAAAAUCACA